UGAAAUUCAGCUGAACUCACUUCUGCCAACAUGCCCUACAACUGCUGCUCUGGAAACUUCUCCUCUCGCUCCUCUGGGGGCUACCUGCAGUACCCGACCUCCUGUGGCUCUUAUCCCAGCAACUUGGUCCUCCGCCCUAACCUCUGCUCUCCCAGCUCUUGCCAGCUGGGCUCCUCUCUCUACAGAGGCUGCCAGGAGACCUGCUUCGAGCCCACAAACUGCGAGACGUCCUGUGAAGUGUCCAGUCCCUGCCAGACGUCCUGCUACCGCCCAAGAACACCCAAGCUCUGCAAUCCCUGCCAGACGACCUAUUCAGGAUGUCUGGACUUUGGGUCCCCCAGCUGCCGCUCCUUGAGCUACGGAUCUAGAAGCUGCUACUCACAGAGCUGUGGAUCUAAUAGCUUCAGACCCCUGGGUUAUGGAGUCUGUGGUUUCCCUUCUGUGAGUUAUGGCUCCAGAUUCUGCCGCCCAGCCUAUCUGGCUUCUGGUUCCUGCCAAUCUUCUUGUUACAGGCCAGUCUUCGGAUCUGGCUUCUGUGGAUCAUCUUAUUAAAUUUCUAAUCAUCCUGACCAGCGUUAUCAGUUACCUCUACUUAUAAUCUUAUUAUUUUACCAUAUGUUGUCUUAUAAUAUGUUCUCUAAUUGUCAAGUGCUCACCUUAUUCCUGGUCUGGAAUACUAGUUGACAAAUAUCUGAAAAAAUCUGUAACUGGUAUAAUAACCCAAAGUAAACUCUGAAGUCUGUAUCAGAGAUGGAAUUUAUAUUAUUAUGUUUUCUUCCAAAAUUAUAUGA